CAGUGACAAAAAAAACUAACGUUAUCGAGUAUAGAUAAAACAAAUAUAAUAUAAACCCUCAGAAACUUUCUGAAUUUGUGCAAGUGUGAAAUAGAGAAAAUAAUGAAAAACAUAUUUAACAGACCCCAGCAAGAGUUCAUGUGAUGAGAGAGAAAAGUAGCGCUUGGAACAGAACACUUGAUUUUUUUUGCCUACACAACUACAAGAAUCAAUAUACAGUGCCUGAGAAACCGCAGUGAAAAGUGAGAAAACAAAAGCAAAGAAAAUUGAAUUAUUUACUUUAAAUCAGAGAAUACUUGAAAAACAAUCACUCAAACAUCAACCCACAACCUCGAAGCACAACAGCGUAAAAUUCCACAAAUAAAUCGAAACCAUCCAUUCCACCCCUGAUACCAUAAGUCCGGGAGUCACACAUCAAUUGAAAUCAAUUACACAAGAAUAGGCGUAACACGACAUUUUUUAAAAUAAUCCGCUACCAGUCGAAGUUAUGCAGAAAACAGCAAUCUCAAUACGCGUGGCCAUCCAGCAUCUCCCAAGAGGCGAACGACAAUGCAUCUCAAUUAAAUGCAGUCGUUCAAUAUAGAUCCAGUCACCAGUCAAUUGAGCGUGUGACGCGUGAGGAUAAAUUUAGAGCAUCCACGCUACCCGCACGCUGUAAUUGAGUAACACGCUAAGGUCCCAUUCAGUCGCUCGUCACAAUACAGCUCGAAAGGCAGCAGCUCGGAGAUAACGAGACGUUCGCAGUGACUAUGAUAUUUGCAUACAGAUUGAUGACCGGCUCCGCUCGGCCCCUAACCUGCGGACGAUACUUGGUAUUGUGGAGCCACUACGGCGAACAGCUGGAUUGAACGGCCACGUUCGGAGACCGAAGGGAGUGAAAGUGGUAUCAUUCAUUUGAGCAACCCGGACGUUGGCAACCAAACAACCAACUUAGCAGAGCCAUUUUCAACCAUCGAGAAUCGCAGAAACUGUUUUCUAUAUUUAGCCCUAACCCUGCCAGCAUAGAGCUAGAGUAAACUGCAUCGUCUGAAACGUGUAUUGAAGCUCCCACUAGCCGUUGUGUCGUUGGGUGCGCUUCAAUGAAUCCAAUUCAGCAAUUGGUGCAACCGACAACGACAACAACGACGACGACAGUGACCGAAACAUCAACCGGGGGAUAGCGCGACGUGUUGGAACUUCGGUAUUGCGGUCGUGUCCUUGAAAACUCGCCACGUGGCUGAUGAGAAAACGAGGAGGAAAUUGACCGAAAGUAGUCAAGUCAUCAACGGGAUGGAGCACAAUCUUCUAAGACAACCGUCCAGAGAGGAAGCGGGAGUGCAACAAAGCGAAGGAUCGGUAACCCAGAGGAACCGAAGCGAAUGUGAUGAAGAGAUCUGUGAUAGAAUCAACAUUGUUACCAAUAACGAACGUUUAGUAAUGGAUAGUAUAGAACGUGUUGCCGAAGGCAAACUUGGAUUGGAAAUCGACGCCGGAAGCAUCAGCCGACGGCGGUCAUCGCCGUCGUACAAUAAUCAGGCCCUAACCUGCAACCGGAAGCUCGUGACAGCAUCUUCGUUACCGAACGGUGUCAUCGAAAGUUGCAGCGGUUCCGUGCAGCGACUCGACAAUUGUGUCGAUUCGGAUGAAAUUAGUAAUUAUCUUAGCAUAAACAAUAGUCGUAGCAGUAGUUGUUGUGAUAUUCCAGAGGAAACCUCGCCUAUGAUAAGUGCAAGACGGAGAAGCGGAAGUGGCUUCGAAGAUGAUUUGGAAACUGGAGCGCUGGUACACCGGAGAACGGUGCAACUGCAGCAGCAAAGCCGGCGCCAUCAGUCGGACUCGUCCGAUUGUUGUGACAUCGAAAUCGAUACCGGUGCUGAGGAGGACGAAGACGAAGACGAUUCGAUGCUGACGUCGACCAAUUCUGCUGCGACGACAGCUACAGUGGCGUCCAACAAGUCGCAACUGAACGUUCCGGAUGUUCCGGCUGCCCAGGACACUAGUGUUAAUAUUGUUGAUAACCCUGUUAGUGAUAGCAACGAAGAUAGUGUUAAUCAGGUGCAGAAUGGCGGCACUGGUGGGGCGCCGCCGCACACUAAAAUAACAACGACGCCUUCGAAUCUAAGCAAUUGUAGUGGACUGCCAACAGUGACCGUGGUGCAGCUAAAACAGAAACAAAAUCUCAUCUACUUCCUACGGGUGAUCUUCAAUCAUUGCAAGAGUUCCGGUAUCGGUGAGCCCAGCGUGUACCAUGCCUUAGUUGUAAUAUUUUUGGAAUUUUUCGCGUGGGGUCUGCUAACGAUGCCCGUGAUAAAUGUACUGAAUCAGACCUUCCCCGAUCACACAUUCCUGAUGAACGGUCUAGUGAUGGGCAUCAAGGGGAUUUUGUCGUUUCUAAGCGCCCCGCUCAUCGGUGCACUGUCCGAUGUGUGGGGCCGAAAGUUUUUCCUGCUGAUAACAGUGUUCUUCACCUGCGCCCCCAUACCGCUGAUGUCAAUCAACUCAUGGUGGUUUUUCGCAAUGAUCUCAAUCAGCGGAGUAUUCGCUGUUACCUUUUCGGUGGUGUUCGCUUACGUAGCCGACGUAACAACCGUGGAGGAUCGAUCCCGGGCCUAUGGUCUGGUGUCAGCCACAUUUGCUGCUAGUUUGGUCAUUUCACCAGCUCUAGGCGCCUAUCUGAAUGACAAAUAUUCAGAACCUCUUAUCGUAGCUUUAGCGACAGCGAUCGCAGUCUUAGAUGUAUUUUUUAUCCUAGUGGCAGUGCCAGAAAGUUUACCGGAGAAAGUUCGGCCCAGUUCUUGGGGAGCGCCAAUUAGUUGGGAACAGGCUGACCCCUUCGCUGCAUUACGAAAGGUUGGCUUGGACCAAACCAUUCUGAUGCAGUGCGUUACAGUAUUACUGUCCUACUUGCCAGAGGCCGGACAAUAUUCGUGUAUUUUUGUUUAUCUGAAGCUGAAAAUGCACUUCAGUUCGGUGGACGUGUCUAUCUUCAUUGCCGUAGUCGGAAUACUAAGCAUACUAGCGCAGGUUGUUUUAGGUGAUUUAAUGAAGGUACUUGGUGCUAAGCGUACUAUAAUAAUAGGAUUAUUAUUUGAAAUGCUACAACUGCUGUGGUACGGUUUCGGCAGUCAAACCUGGAUGAUGUGGGCUGCCGGAAUCCUAGCGUCUCUCGCGUCAAUUACUUAUCCAGCCAUCAGCGCAUUUGUGUCGAUACACUCAAACCCUGACCAACAAGGUGUUGUUCAGGGUAUGGUGACGGGAAUGCGCGGCCUAUGUAACGGGCUGGGCCCGGCCAUGUUCGGUGUCAUCUUCUACGUGUUUCACGUGGAUCUGAACGACGACCACAACGGGGUGGCCGCCAGUUUGAAUGGCCAUUCGGCGGCGGGAAGUGCCAUCGGGGGCAGUGCCCUGGGCAGCUUGGAUGGGAGCAAAUUCGUGCGAAACGAAACGCUGCACGGGCUGGGCGGCAGCCAUCAUAUAAUCGAGGACGAGUACUCGCAGCUGAUGCCGGGCCCACCGUUCGUGUUCGGUGCACUGAUGGUGAUAUGUGCGAUUGCAGUGGCGGCAUUUAUUCCGGAAGCGCCUAGCGAUAACAUCCGGCGGCCUUCGGGUGAGAAAAAAAAAUCGGACUAUAGGAGCCAUGACAAAUUUUCUGUGCUUAUUGGCGAAUGAUUGAGUCAAAGUGUAAGAGACUAUCAGUGGACGUGGACUACGAGUACGAACGGGGCCGAAAGGUAGCUGGACCACUGUCACCCCUGAUGCACCAGGACUCGGCUCAGCUAUAGUUUUUCCUGUAAAUGCCGAAAGAAUAGCACCAAGCAAACGAACUAAGUUUGCUAGCCAAGCUGAAAUCAGACUAAUAUCACUCAUCUGGAGGAGCAACAGAAGCAUCUGUAUCUAUCACCACGCCACCGCCAACCGCGAAACCCCAUCAUUGGACCUGCAAAGUUUAACUUCUUUUUUGGAAACGAAAGUUAUGUAAAUAUUCAUAUUUUAGUUGUUUGUUAAGGUGAAACUGGAUAGAAUCCUUUUUACCAAAGGAAACUUUUAUUUUAUCUUUGUGUAAAAUGAGAAAGUUCUAUAAAGUUCGACCGAAAUUGGUUGAGAUUUACAUCAUUAAAGCUACCAAUUUUGGAUUCUAAGAUGUUUCCCUUAUAAAAUGAAGAAAGAAAUACGUGUGAAUUUAAAAAUCACAUGGUUUAAUACAUUGAACCAGACGUUUGUAUGUUUCCGCUGGAAAUAAACUCUAAUUCCAAUAUACCACUAGUUUGUUUGCGAUAGAACAAUACACGAAGCAGAUUUGUAUACGUGCUUGUGAUUUGUUUCCUAGUGCGUCGUUUGUUUGUAACACUAGAAUCGAAAACAACAAAGUUUAUAUUUAAUCGAUUAGGAAUGCUAAGCUUUAAAUUUCAACUAGAUUCUUCAGUGCAAGUCAGGCAGAUCUUUUAUCAAAUGAGAAGUGAACAAUCAUUUUUUAGCGUUGAAAUGAUUGAUUCGUUAAAGGGUUGUACCAACGAUGAUGUGAAUUAUUUUUGGUGUAAUUUAUCAAGGAAUGAUAACAAUGAGGACAAUGCCAUUAGUCUAGUCAGCGAAUUUAUUUCCUGUCGUUUAUUAUGCAUUAUGCAGGUAUUCAAAGGAUUUUUUAUUUAUAAUUUAUAUGAUAAACAUGCAAUUUAAUAAAGAAUUGGACAGAUCGAUGGAAAAAAAGUAUAUUGAAAUCCACAAAUGAAACAUUGUUUUUGAAGAAGGAAACGUGCGAAUGUGUAAGCGACAUAUUGCUACCUACCUAAAACUACUAAAACGAAAGAGUGAUAAUAGAAUUGUAAGGUGUACUACCGUGCCGGUGGCAAACGGUUGGAUUUAUCAAAAUAAUCCAAGGCCCGAACGACAAAGAGGCAAAAAGGAAUAAGCUCGAAAGGAUGCAGUUGUUAGUAAUUAUUGGGCGAAACAGACUGGUGGAAAAUAAAUGCUUAAAAAGACUUGAUUUUUCGAGCUGAGUAUAGAGUGGCGCAACCUUUUUUUUUAGUUAUUACUUUUUUCAAUUCAAACAGAUGACACUACCUCAAAUUAUUGUACGCUUGUAGACUUUCAUCUAGAAGAUUCGGUCAAAAGAAGUAGUAAGCAUCAUUAUUAUUGGCUUGCCACACAAAUGUUCAUCGAUGCUUUGUGCAAUCGUUUUGACGCAUCUACGUGUUUUACGAUUGAUUGCAUGAAUUAUGAAGGAAUUACGGCUUUGAUUACGGGCUUUCCAAUAAGUUGAUUUAAUCGAAAUCUUAAUUCCUUGUUUGUUGAUAAUGUAAUGUUGUUGCUUAUUAUUCCGUUUGACGAAUACUUGUGUUCAGUUUUUGAGGCUAUUUCAUAAAAAGUUCUUCGUAUGUAAUAAUAUUCUUUGUAAACGGAUACUUCGAAUGCACAUUAGGUGAAUAAUUUGUUAGGAGUGUUUCUAAUGCGGAUCACAGCUAUAAAGUUAUUUAUUGAUAUACCAAGUUUCAUUGGUCAUUGAGAAAGCAAGCGUUAGAGAUCUAUUUUAAGAAUUUUAUAUUUUAAUUAAAUCCGACACCGUUCAAAAUCAUUGGCCAGUAUACUGCCCAUAAAUUCAUAACAGUCCCAUGUUUGCUUGAUUUCCUAUCUUCAUGGGACUGUUAUGAAUUUAUGGGUAGUAUAUAGAAACUAUAUUCUCUUGUUUUUAUCGGAAGCUUCAAAUAAUGGUGAUUUCUACAUGUGAUUCAAUAACACUUUUGGUUAUUGCACUCAAUAUAGCUUAUUUUACAAGAAGAGUUCACUCUUGUGCCUGUGAUGAUAGUAUUCGUUUGACUCAAAUAGCAUGCGUUCUUCAUGAUCAAGUGGUUUGUUGCAAAGUAUUGAAAAUGUGCUUCGUUUGUCUGUACAUGAGUGAAUAUCACUUGAAACAUAAACGUUGAUCUACAUUGGAAACACUUAGGGGUUUACAAUAAAAAUUUGCAAAUUGGUAAGGAUUAUGAUGGCUUAUAUAUUUUUUCUUGCCGUAGUAAACGCAAGGAAUAAAACUGAAGCCGUUUUUUAUUACCCAAAUGUUUAAAAAAUAAUAUCAUAAAUUAAGAGAUAUUUGAAAUUUUGUCUGUAGAAUGGUGCAACCUCCCGCAUUUUGCUACCGCCAAUAAUCCCUCGAAACAAAUGAGUAUGCUGCAGAGAGAUGUCCUGCUGCGUCGAACAGAAAAUAGUAGUCCAAAGAUUAUUAAGAAAUAGUUAUCUAUAAAAAGAAGAAUCAACUGGCAACACUAGUGAAUAAUGAACUGAACAAUGAGAAUUAAUCUUUAUUUGUAUAGUUCAAAAAACAUACAACAGCAAAUUAACAAUAACAGCAACUAGAACGCAAACACACAAACAAACCCAACACAAAAGUUUCUGAACAUCACUGUUCAACAAGUUCAACCGUAAGGGCUAUUUCCACUCGACACUGGUACCGGAAACUAAGAGUCAAGAUGAAGCGAGGCUACAAAACCAACACCAUCGUCGAAGACAAAGAGGAAACAGGAUGUUACAAAAUCCAUAUUUGAAUACAGGCAAAUCCACAUGGAACAGAGUUGUUGACAAUUCGUUAAAAUCGUUUAAUCAGUGAAGCGAUUUUGUUUUUGUUGAGUGAAAGCGCAGUAGACAACGAAUGGCAGAGCAAUCACAAAAACCAGGUUAAAAUGAAACCCAGAGAGAAUGUAAGAUGUAUGUAACCGAUAAUAAAUUGAGCAAGUGGAGAGAAGGAGUAAAAACAAAGUUGUAUAAAGUGAGACAAAACAGAAAAUCCCAGUAUAAACUACGAUAUAAUAGGUUUAUAAAUUAACAAUAACAGAAGAAAAGAGUGUAGUUUUGAGAACUGGAUUCGAGAUGUAAAAUAAAAUAGGAAACUGAAUGGGAUGAUUUCCGUUUUGCGGAAACCUGAGCUGGAAUGCUGUAAAAUAAAUUGACUACAGAAAGUCCAAAGUGACAUGGCUGAUUACA